GUUCGCGCAUUAUGUAAACGUAAGUAAAUGGUUGACUUAUUUCUUAUAACUUAAAUAUAAAAAGAGGAUAUAUCGUGUUUGUAGUGAAAUGCUUGUUAAUUUGUAACGAUUUGUUAUUUAAUUCGCGUAGUGAACUAAAAGACACGAUAAAACAUUUCAAAAUAUGAUGAAACUAUUACUAGAUGAGUGUCGUGUUAAGCUGUACAAGGAAGAAAGGUCGAAUCGGGAUAUCAUUAAUGAAAUAGUGACUGCUAAACAGAAAGAGGGCGAUGACGACAGAUUCGUUGUAUGUGAUCUUGGUGACGUCAUUAGCAAAGUUCAGCGUUGGAGGAAACUGAUGCCGAGAGUUAAAAUAUUCUACGCUGUGAAAUGCAAUUCUUCUGAACCACUGUUGAAAGUUCUUGCUGAUAUGGGUGUAUCGUUUGACUGUGCAAGCAAGAAUGAAAUUGAGGCAGUGCUCAAACUUGGUAUUUCACCGACUCGUAUUGUAUAUGCCCAUCCUUAUAAGCCGGUAUCAAGUUUACUGCAUGCAAAAUAUAAAGAUGUUUCAUUGAUGACAUUUGAUUGUUCUGAAGAACUUUUCAAAGUGAAGGAAUUCUAUCCUUCAGCAAGGUUACUUCUACGACUUUUACCUGAAGUUGAAUUCCAGGCUGAAGUACAAUUUAACGGCAAGUUUGGUUGUCCUUUGUCUGAUGUAGAGAAUGUGCUACGAGUAGCAAAACAACUGAACCUUAAUAUCGUUGGUGUCAGUUUUCAUGUGGGAAGCGGUGUACAGGAUCCCAAAGCUUAUGUGCCGAUUCUCCACCAGUCAAAGAAAGUCUUUGACAUUGCCAAUUCACUUGGAUUUGUUUUGAAUGUACUAGACAUCGGUGGAGGUUUUCCGGGACAUCAAGGAUCACUUAAACGUUUCGAAGCGAUGUCUACGGUCAUCAACAAAACCUUGGAAGAGAUGUUUCCACCUAGUAUCGAAAUAAUAGCCGAACCUGGCAGAUAUAUUGUAGCUUCGGCAUUUACAGUUGUCGCUUAUAUUUUUGGUAAACGAUGUCAUAGCAAUGUAACUUGUAUGUAUGGCAAAGAUAGUAAUAGAGAAAAUAGCAUGUCUUCAAACCACGAAACUUCCACAACAUAUUUUCUUAAUGACAGCAUCUUUGGAAGUUUUGUUGAUUGUUGUUUGUGCCGACCUGGUAGCGAAGAAUAUACUCCAAACAUUUUACGGCACAAAUCUGAAGAUAAACUUGUUGAAAGUACCAUAUCAGGAUUUGCACCUUUUGAUGUCCUGAAUAAAUCAGUAAUGUUACCUGAUCUAAAUGUUGGUGAUUGGAUUUAUUAUGAGAACAUGGGUGCUUACACCAUGAGCAUGGCAACAUCAUUUAACGGGAUAAGUGUUCCAGAUAUCAUGUAUCAUUGCCUUGAGAACUUAUGGCAUGAUGUUUAUUCUGACCAAAGACUUUAUUGCACGAAACGUCCGUAGAUUUUAACGUUCAACAGAAUUGCAGAGGAUAGCAACAGCACUUUUUUAUAAAUUUUAUCUUUAUCUAUAUUGAAAACGGUCUUGCUCAAUGAGUCCGAGACGAUUGAAGAUGAUAGGUUUUAAGCGUUGUAAUAUAAUACAAGUGAAAACAUUUAAGAAAUUUUAGUUUUAUUAUUGAAACAAAAAUACUUUGAAAAGGAAAUAAGUGUGGUCAUGAGUAUCAUAUAAGAAGAUUGGGUAGACUGAGAAACAUGUUGACAAUGCAAAAUCAAAUGACAGUUAUUUCUUAGCCAAGCUUAGAACAAUUGUAGAUUUUGGGUCCAUGAAUGAUGUCAAAAACUAUGCUUACAUUUCCUAUGUCAUGACUUCAGAAUUAAUAAUUAUUAUGUUUCUUUCAUUUGGAAGUUGAAAGUUUUAUUUCUUCACUUUGAACAUGAUAUUCAUUGUAAAGUACCCACAUAAAUAUCCUUUGGAAAUCAUCAGUAAUAUCUAUUUAUAAAAAGAGUGGGCAGUAUUUUCAUAUUUUAGGGUUUUUCUUUUAUAUUUUAUCCUCAACAUUUGUCAUUAUCCAUUAUUGUCAAACCAUCAUUUUAGUAAUCAAUCUUUUUAAAAACACAACUAUUUUUCUCUCAGCCUAACUGAAACAAAUGAGAGUAAUGUCACUUAAAAAGUGCUUCGAUGGAUAUGGUCAUGUUUCACAAAUUUGAUAGUUAAAUAGCGAUUAUUCUUGUGUGCUCUGAAACUUUUACUUUUCAUAAAUCUUCAAAUGGUAACAUUGCACCCUCAAUAAUAUUUCGUCUUCUGUCAAUACUGCUGUCACAUUUAAUAUCUUUCUAUUUUCUUUCUUCUCUGGAAAAUAUGCCAACUACUUGUGACAUGAAUAAUGUCUGAAAAAAUUCUUACAUACUGUCUUCUAUCUAUUUAUGUUAUUUCCAGACAAACUAUUUUUUGUCAUUAUUUUCCAGAAAUGUGUUAGGUGUGCUAUAUCUUUGAAAGUAUACAUUAAAAAUGCACACAUACGGUUUCACAAAUCUAUAAAUCACUGAUUCUUGGGGCUUUCCUCCCUGUCUUUAGGAUAAACUUGGUACCUAAAAUAAGGAAUGAGUAUUAUUAUAUUUCCUAGCAAACAAUCAAUAAAAAAAUGACAUACACAGGUGUAUAUUAUUCUUAUUUUAUAUAUUCUUGUUCCUAAACAAUUCUUAAUCACGCUUACAGGUUAACAUUUCAGAAUAAAUAUAUUGGCUGUUUGGCCUACUGCAGAAACAGAAAUCUCCUACGAUUUUAAUAAAAUACCAUGAAACACAUGAAUAAAAGCCAUUUCAACGAUAACCAAUAUAUAUCAUAAAGUAAUCUUAAGACAUUUUUACAAUUUGUUGUCUUUUAUCCUAGUUCAUUAAUCAAUAACAUCUAAUUGGUUUUGGCAUGGCAGUUCUGUUUAAGUGUAGCAAAAAAUGUUCAACAUUAGCCAUUGGUGUUCAUGCGUAUUCUUCUUUUUCAGUCAAAUUAUUGAAUGUUGUAUCUGUGAUUUCUUUUGGACUUUCUUGUAAAGUACA